AUGCUCACUAACACAGACACUGGUAAAGAGCAGUCCUUCUCAACCCAUCAUUUCAUUUUCCGCCACACUGGAGCCUCGCUAUCUCCCGCCCGAUCUCUCGGACCGGCACUAAUCAAAGGCAUUUGGCACUACCAUUGGAUCUAUUGGGUCGCACCUCUCAUCUCAGGGAUGUUAAGCGGCUUUACCUACGAAUACAUCCGAAGCACAUCUUCUAAUGAGUGUCAGUCUCUGAAGCGAUCGUUUAGACGCCGAACCUCUCAGGGAGUGAAAAGAGAUCAGAGCUCUAAUCUCAGUAAUUAUGAAACAGAAUUCACCAUCACUUCCACUGAAUGUCCCCGAUAUUGACAGCCCAUGUCAUUCAUUAUUCAAGUAAUACUUUUGCCAAAUGUUUGCUACUUUUGGUUUGACUACC